UAUCAUUGUGUUUAUGAUUUUAUUUUCCCUCAAACAGCCUGCUUUUUGGAAGAAGUAGCAGAUCAUAAUCCAGUAAGUUCCUUGUCCCAGCCAGUCCAUCUAUAAAUCUCUAAUCAUUCAAACUCAACGUGUGACAUCUCAGAAUAAUAACGUCAUAGCGCUUCUUCAAACUCUCAGAAUAAUAACAGUAUCGCUUUAAUCAAACUGAGAGCAACAUCAAAACGCAGUUAUCUGUCAUGCAUCAACUGUCUUGUCAAUGUCAUUGUCAAACUAAAUGUCAAAGCGGCUGUAAUUUUUGUGUUUUGUUUGUUUGUGGGUGGAUUUCCGAUAAAAAUACUAAUAAAUAAGCACCAACACAGUACUUUUAAUAUACCAUAAUUAGCUUCAUGAUCAAUUUUGUUCGUCCAUAUUCAACUGUUUAUAAAUUUGUGCCUUCAAGAUGAUGAACCAAUACUUGAGAGAGUUGGAAAAGGACCCUUUUGAUCCAGAUGAGUUUGUGGAGAGGAUGGUGAGGCGCAGUAUGGAAGAAUCAGGCAAUCAGAAUGAAAUACAACCUGAAAUGAUACAUGAUAUCUUCACUCAAGCCAUCCAAGACUUAAAAGUUCUCCAGGAGAGGCAAGAGAGGAAGUGCGCCCGCCUGGAGCAAGCCGUGCAGGAGGAGGAGAAGCUCUACGGAGCCAAACUGUCAGAGAUCAUGGACCAGCACACUCACUGCGUGAGCGUGUUCAACUCGCUGGACGAGCGCAUGUCGCGGUGCGGGGGGCAGGCGCAGGACGUGGGCGAGAAGCUGGGGGCCGCGCGAGCGCCGCGGGCCCGCGCCGCCGCCGCCCGGGACCUGCUGGCGCACCUCGCGCACUUCCUGAGCCCCGGGCCCGUGUUGACGGACCUGUUUAAUGAUCCUAAUAAGCUAAACGAAGCAGCGGAUGUGAUUCAAAAACUGCACACGAUAUCGCAAGAGCUGCCUCCGGAGAAAUUCGAGGUGGCCAAGAAGAAAAUUGAAGCCAAGUACGAUGAGAUAGAGAGGAGCCUUAUUGAAGACUUUGUGAAGGCGCAGAACCAAGGCAACUUGGAUAAGAUGAAAGACAUUGCCAACAUCAUGACCAACUUCAAAGGGUAUUCGCAAUGUGUUGACGCAUUUAUUGAGACCAGUCAAAUGAACACUCUACAAGGCAAGGACAUAUUCUCGGCAGUCCUACCCCUGUGUAAGAAGAACUACACGAUAAUUCGAAGCGUUUUCCCGAACCCCGAACAAGUGAUGAGCAAGUUUGUGCUCAACAUCUUCCAUCUGAAGCUACAGAAGUACAUUCAGACGAAAUUGGCCGACAAGAAUGAUGUGGAGAAGUAUCUGAAGAAUCUAUACGAUAUGCAUACUAGCACCCAACGCAUAUGCGACGAGCUGAUAUCAGCGGGGCUGGUCUCCGCGGCCGGCAACUCCUCCGGCGGUGAGCUCCGUCGAGAGGCGCUUAUCAACGGAGCCAUGGCGGCUGCGGGGGAUGGGUACAAGGAGCUGCAGUUGAGGAGACUCAAGGCGGUGAUGGCCAACUCGCUGCAUAAGUACUAUAGUGAGAAGAGUCACACGAAGAAGCAGAUUCAGGGUGGCGGUUUCCAAGAGCUCCGGCGCGACCUGCAAGCAGUUAUCGGGGCUCGCGCCAACAUCAACAUAGCACAGAUAGAGAACUACGGAGGAGAGACCUUCCUGAGCGAGGCCCUGGUGCAGAAGAUGCUGGCCGAGUCCAGCACCGCCUUCCUGAGGUGCAGGACUCUAUGCACCCCUACAGAAUUACCCGGGGUGCUCUCCUCCCUGCUGGACGUGGUGAUCCAGUACGUGCUGGUCGAGCACGUGGACUACGCGCUAGACCUCGGCAUUCAGUCCAUACCGAUUGCAGAGAGCAAGUCGCCGCCUCAGAUUUACUUCUUCGACAUUGUGAAUCAAGCGAGCAAAAUAAUAAAGAUGUUUGAGCAACACUUUCAAGAAGCCAUCGUGCCUUGCAUUAGCUCGUCCUCAAAACAAGCUGACUAUAUCCAGAAGAAGUCCACCAUCAUGGAGCAACUGGCCAACAAGCUGGACGCGGGGCUGGAGCGCGCGCUGGCGGCGGUCGUGGGCUGGGUCAAGCUGCAUCUGCAGACCGAGCAGAAGAAGACCGACUUCAAGCCUGAAGGGGACAUCGACACUUUGGCUUCGCCGGCGUGUCUAGCGGUCGUGGCGUACCUAAACACGGUGUUGGACAACAUACACAACGGGCUCGAAGGCGACAACCUCAACGCUGUCACGUUGGAGCUGGCCAUCCGACUGCAUCGCGUCAUUUACGAACACUUGCAGAACUUCCAGUUCAAUUCUGCUGGUGCAAUGAUAGCGAUAUGCGACGUCAAAGAGUACCGCUCGGCGGCGUGCUCCCGCGGCGCGCGGUCCGCGCCCGCCCCCGCGCACGCGUUGUUCGACGCACUACACGCCUUGUGCAACCUGCUGCUGGUCAAGCCCGAGAACCUGCAGCAGGUGUGCGAGGGAGAGACGCUGGCGGAGUUGGAUCGAACCAUUCUUCUGAACUUCAUCCAGCUGAGAUCCGACUACAAGAGCCAGAAGUUGGCCAACUGUCUCAAGGGCCUGUCAUAAUAUUUGAACAACAGUGUCGGAUUCUUUCAAAACACAUAGUGAAACACUACGGUGGUACUACAAUAAUUGUUGCUCUAAUAUCAGUGGUUAGUUUAUAUCUUCAAAUGUCAAUGAGAUGCAAAGUUUUAAAAAUGAAUAUGCUAAUUCGGUGCACGGGCUUGGAUGCCCUUUUAUCAUAAUUAUGUGUAUAUUUA